AUGGAUCUCAAUUCGUACCGACAGUUUUGCGUAAGCGUGCUGAAGAUCUCGAAUGCCCUGUGGGUUCCAAUGUACAAUAUCUUUCUCUCAGAUUUCAGGGGUCCGUCCCAAAUGGAAUGCGAGGAACUGGCUAAUGAGUUAAGAUGCCUGAAAGCUUUCGUUGUCAAUCAGCCAUACAAUAAGAAAACGGAGAUGCAUCUUCAUUAUUUGUUCGAUACGUCAUCCGUAGAUGGGGUUGUCAAACCAAGUUCGGGCGUGGUGGAGAUGUGUGGCAAGAUCCUGAGAGGAAACGUGAAAAGUUACGUCAGUUCGGAACGAGCGGGCUUCUCAAGGGAUCAAUUCAUAGACUUUUUCCGCCGUGUUUUGAACAACCAAAAGAACCAAAGUGAAGCUCUCACCUUCUUGUUUUUCAAGAGUUGCAAGAGAAAAGAUCGGGUCCUUGGCAUCAUCGGCAAAUCCUCUUUUGAAGGGUUCUUGGAGGAAUCUCAAGGAGUGGAGCUCAAUGAAGACUCGAAUGUAGCUCUCGAAAUGCAAAGUUACAUAACCAGAGUGAGUGGCUUGCGCGUCAGUAUUCAGCCUCAUUUCUCGGUCGAAAACUUUUUGGAUUAUUUGUUCUCGCCCAAAAACGACUUGUUGGAUCCAAAAGUCCACACUGUCCACCAAGAUAUGACUCAAUCUCUCGCCAGAUACUUCAUUAACUCGUCACACAACACUUAUCUGACAGGGAACCAAUUGACCUCGGAUUCAAGUGUUGAUGCCUAUGAAAGAGUUUUAUUACAAGGAGUUCGGUGCAUUGAGAUCGAUUGCUGGGAUGGACCAGAUGGUAAUCCGAUCGUCACCCAUGGGAGAACUAUGUGUUCCAACAUCAAACUGGUCUCUGUGAUCCGUUGCAUCAAAGACCAUGCCUUCGCUGCCACUCCAUAUCCUCUCAUCAUCAGUAUUGAGGAUCAUUGCUCCAUUGCUCAGCAAUCCGUGAUGGCAAACAUGUUCAGAGACAUCUUGGGAGACUUGCUUCUAACAGAAAGAAUCGAAGAAGAGGAAUCAAACCUUCUACCUAGUCCAGAACAACUUAAAUAUAAAGUCCUACUCAAACACAAAGUCCUGAAGGAGAAUCCUCAAAAGUCGGUCUUUUUCGAUGAGGAGGAUAGUAUCAAUAUUCCUCCAGAGCUCUGUUUGACUGGAUCCAUUUUGGAGAUAUACGAUUACGAGGACGAAUCGGAUUACCAAAAGUGCCGAAUGGAUGAGGGCCAAAUCCUGGAAGAGAAUCUGGAACCCUUGGAUCUUAACAGAAAUCAAGCCGAAGAUCUGUUAAUGUCUAUAGAAGAUGACCCCGAUGACGGCCUUUUUCUCAUUCGAACCAAAUCGGAUAACAAGGCAGAAUUAGUCAUGAGCAUUCACUACAAUGGGAACAUCAGGCACAUAACCCUUAAUCGAAAGAACGGGUUAUUUUUCUUGAAAAAUGCCAAGUUUAAAACCUUGUCAGACUUUGUGGAGUUCUUCAAACAUCAUCGCCUUGAAAUUGAAGUAUCCCCUGGACUCGUAGAGAAAGUGUUUCUGACCCACAUGGCCACUCGGAAGAAUCUUCAUCUCAUCCAAAAUUGGUACAUUCCCAAUCUGUCAGAGUCCAUGGUGAACAGGCUUCUUUUGGCAAAAAAGCAGGACGGUGUUUAUCUUUUGAGAGAUGGAAUUAAUCAUGCCAAAAUAUUGUCCUUUGUCAGUGAAGGCUGCGUUUACCACGUCCACAUUCAUCAAUUGGAUUACUGCCUCGAAAUAGGAGGAACUGUGACCAGGUUUGAGUCCAUAUUGGACUUUAUUUGCGAGUUCGCGACCAAAGCGAUUUUAAACCAAACCUGCUUAUCGACCCCAUUCCCUUUGGCCAAGAGCCCCGAAGUAUUCGACCUUGCUAACGAUAAAAUAUCCAGUAGACAUGUGAUGGGCUCGGAGCUAAAUAUUGCGAGCCCUGGCGACAAAAUCAGGAACAAGUUGAUUGACCCUCUGGAUUUGGAGACGAAAAUGCCCGAGGUGUUUGAUGUUCCGUCGAAAACAAUCAACUUGAAAGAUUGCAAACUGACUCUGGAUUCCUCUGAAGUUCACCCAGGAGCCAAAGAUCUUACGCCUUUUUUACACAUAUCGUCAAAGAAAGGCGAAAUGCUACUCAUCAAGAUUGAUACCAAAAAUGAUCAGUUCCAAGUGGAUUGGUUUUCAAAGCUUCGGGAAGCCACCAUAGGAGCCCAUUCAAUGGAUGGUCCUCGGACAGAUUCCGAGAAUCCAUCCGAGCCUUCUCAAAAGAUAAAAGAGGUUCCCGUGAAAAUCUCCGUUGACAUGUCCAACCUGGCUAUCUACUGCCAAUCCGUCUCGUUGAGUCGGAGAGCCUUGCAGAAGAUCAGGAACUUUGUCACGGAUGACGAGCCUUGUUAUGAAAUGAAUUCGUUCAAUGAAACUAAAGCCAAAGAACUCAUGAUUGACCGCAAGUUGCGAUCCGCUUUCCAAUGGCGUCACAAGCGGCAAUUCUGUCGCAUUUAUCCUAAGGGAAGACGGACAGAUUCGUCGAAUUUUAAUCCCGUGCCUUUCUGGUUGUGUGGUACCCAAAUGGUGGCCCUGAACUUCCAGACCCCAGAUAAGGAGUUGCAAAUUAAUCAUGGCUGGUUCGUCCAAAACGGCCAAUGUGGCUAUGUGCUGAAGCCGGAAUGCAUGGUGGAAGGAUGUUUUGAUCCCGAUAAGGCUGUCCAUCGGAUGGAGAGUAUCGAGUUGCAGAUCGGCGUUCUGGCGGGCAGACAACUGGCCGAUAAAAGCCCGAAAACUAGUGCCAUGUGUAACACUUUUGUCAAAUUGGAGAUCAUUGGAUGCCCUGUGGACAACUCCUUGGGGACCACUGGGAUUGUUCAGUCAAAUGCGCUUAAUCCUUCCUGGGAUGAAACAUUCAACUUUGGGAUCAUUUACAAUCCUAAUUUGGCUGUUUUACGCCUCAGCGUCUACAAUCAAACCCAACUGAACAACGAAGUCCUCGGACAAUGUGUUGUGCCCGUUUCGGGUCUCCGCAAAGGCUACAGGUCAGUGACCCUCAGGAAUGCCUACAACGAAUUCGAGAACGGAGUUAUGGCGCUCUUGAUCCAUUUAGAGAUUCGGACGAUCGACCUCGGCGAGUCUUAUUUGAAAAAGAUGAUCAAUAACUACCUCACUCAUCGGACUUCGGAAUCCGAAGGGGAGGUCGGUUUCAGUAACGAGGACAAGAAUGCCAUGACCCAGGAAGAAGCCAUUGAGCAAUUAUCCCGCAUCAUGGGACGAAAGACCUUGCCCACUGUGAGCUCAGCGGGCAAUGUCGGGGCUCAAGGGAAUGCCGCCAAAGGCGAUGACUCCUUAAGCACGCCAAGAAAGAUCUUGAGCUCGCGAUUUCCCUUGGCUUUGGGUGAACUUAGCGCUUCGAACCCCAAAGUGAAAAAGAAAAAGUGAUCGAAAAUACAGACAGACACUUACCAUAUUGAAAGUGACGACGGA